AUGGCAGCCCAUCAGGAGAAAAAACCUUCUGAAGAAAGAAAACACAAAAGUGUCCAAAAUCAUACUGAAACAUCUCAAGUCCAGUGGGGGAGAGCAUGGGAGGUGGACUGGUUUUCCCUGGCAAGCAUCCUUUUCCUGCUCAUGUUUGCACCUCUUAUCGUAUAUUACUUCAUAAUGUCCUGUGACCAGUACCAGUGCUCUCUGAUCAGUCCACUUACUGACUUGCUGACGGGGAAGAAACAUCUGUCUGACAUCUGGAACAAGACUCCUACGCUGACCUAUAGGGCUGCUGGCAUCUAUGCCCUUUGGGUUACUUUCCAGGUGGUUUUGUAUGUGUUCAUUCCUGACUUCUGCCAUAAAUUUCUUCCUGGAUAUGUAGGAGGUGUACAAGAAGGUGCUGUCACCCCUGCAGGUGUCGUGAAUAAGUAUGAAAUCAAUGGACUUCAGGCUUGGCUCAUUACCCAUGUGCUUUGGUUUGCAAAUGCCUGCUACUUCCACUGGUUCUCACCCACCAUCAUUUUUGACAACUGGAUUCCUCUCCUGUGGUGUGCCAAUAUCCUGGGCUAUGCAGUUUCCACCUUUGCAAUGAUUAAAGGCUACUUUUUCCCUACCAAUGCCAAGGACUGCAAAUUCACUGGCAAUUUCUUCUACGACUACAUGAUGGGGAUUGAAUUCAACCCUCGAAUAGGAAAGUGGUUUGAUUUCAAGCUGUUCUUCAAUGGGCGCCCUGGGAUUGUAGCCUGGACUCUCAUUAACCUCUCCUAUGCUGCUAAACAGCAGGAGCUGUACGGUCACGUAACGAACUCCAUGGUCCUUGUCAAUGUCCUUCAGGGUAUUUAUGUUCUGGACUUCUUCUGGAAUGAAGCCUGGUAUUUGAAAACCAUUGAUAUCUGCCACGAUCACUUUGGAUGGUACUUGGGCUGGGGAGACUGUGUUUGGUUGCCUUACCUCUAUACUUUGCAGGGUUUGUAUUUGGUCCAUCACCCCGUCCAGCUGCGCACAGCCAACGCCGUGGGGAUCUUGAUCCUGGGCUUGGUUGGCUAUUACAUCUUCAGGAUGGCCAACCACCAGAAGGACCUCUUCCGCCGGACUGACGGCAACUGCAGGGUGUGGGGGAGGAAGCCGGAGUACAUCGAGUGCUCCUACACCUCCGCGGACGGCACCAGGCACUACAGCAAGCUGAUGGCCUCGGGCUUCUGGGGCUGGGCGCGACACUUGAACUACACGGGAGAUCUGAUGGGCUCCUUGGCCUACUGCCUGACCUGUGGCUUUGAGCACGUCUUGCCCUACUUCUACAUUGUUUACAUGACCAUUCUGCUCACCCACCGCUGCCUCAGGGACGAGCACCGUUGUUUCAGCAAGUACGGGCAGGACUGGAAGCGCUACACUGCUGCAGUGCCCUACAGGCUCAUACCAGCUAUCUUUUAA